GUGGGACAUAUUCGGAGCCGUCAUUGGUACUGAAUGUGGGACGCUGGAAUCUGGCUCAGCUAUGGUAUUUCUCAGAGAUGGAGAAAGAAAAAUAUGCACUCCGUACAUGGACACUACAGGUUAUGGGAACUUAAGAUUUUAUUUCAGUAUGGGGGGAACUUGUGAUUCUGGAGAAUCCCAUGAAAAUGAUGUCAUACUUUAUGCCAAGAUUGAAGGCAGGAGGGAACACAUACCUCUUGAUACCCUGACCUACGCUGCUUACAAGGUUCCGUCUUUGGUUUCUGUUGUCAUUAGUCCGGACCUGCAGACUCCAGCAACCAAGUUUUGCCUGAAGCAAAAGAGUCACCAAGGCCACGACAGGAACGUCUGGGCUGUGGAUUACUUCCACGUCCUCCCAGUGCUCCCUUCCACAGUGACUCACAUGAUCCAGUUUUCCAUCAACUUGGGGUGUGGAACUUAUCAACCUGGGAACAGCGUCAGCCUGGAGUUUUCAACCAACCAUGGUCGGUCUUGGUCCCUGCUCCACACCGAGUGUUUGCCUGAGAUAUGUGCUGGGCCUCACCUCCCCCACAGCACUGUCUACGCCUCUGAAAAUUACAGCGGGUGGAACCGAAUAACUAUCCCCCUUCCCAAUGCAGCAUUAACAAGUGACACCAGGAUUCGGUGGAGACAAACAGGACCAAUCCUUGGAAAUAUGUGGGCAAUCGAUAAUAUUUAUAUUGGUCCAUCUUGCCUCAAAUUCUGCUCAGGGCGAGGACAGUGUACUAGAAAUGGCUGCAAGUGCGACCCCGGCUUUUCAGGGCCGGCGUGUGAGAUGGCAUCGCAGACCUUCCCAGUGUUCAUCUCCGAGAGCUUCGCCAGCUCGCGCCUCUCCUCCUACCACAACUUUUACUCCAUCCGGGGGGCCGAGGUCAGCUUCAGCUGCGGGGUCCUGGCCAGCGGCAAGGCCCUGGUCUUCAACAAGGAUGGCAGGCGCCAGCUUAUCACCUCCUUCCUUGACAGCUCCCAGUCCAGGUUCCUGCAGUUCACGCUACGCCUGGGCAGCAAGUCAGUGCUGAGUACCUGCAAAGCACCCGACCAGCCCGGGGAAGGAGUGCUGCUGCACUACUCCUAUGACAAUGGCAUUACCUGGAAACUGCUGGAACACUACUCUUACCUCAACUACCAUGAGCCAAGAAUAAUUUCAGUGGAGCUGCCUGAAGAUGCAAGACAGAUUGGCAUUCAGUUCAGAUGGUGGCAACCGUAUCACUCUUCUCAAGGCGAAGAUGUGUGGGCGAUCGAUGAAAUCAUCAUGACCUCUGUGCUUUUCAAUAGCAUCAGUCUGGACUUCACCAACCUAGUUGAAGUCACACAGUCUCUGGGAUUCUACCUGGGAAACGUUCAGCCCUACUGUGGUCAUGACUGGACUCUUUGUUUUACAGGAGAUUCAAAGUUAGCUUCUAGCAUGCGCUACGUGGAGACCCAGUCUAUGCAGAUCGGAGCCUCGUAUAUGAUACAGUUCAACUUGGUGAUGGGCUGCGGUCAGGCGUUUACUCCUCAUAUGGACAACCAGGUGAAACUGGACUACUCCACCAACCACGGCCUCACGUGGCAUCUUGUUCAGGAGAUGGCAAGCUGGACUUUCCGUGGCCUCAGAGUGAACUAA